CAACAACUAAGAACACAACACAUUCCUUCCUGGCGACUUGGCAGGGACAGAUUGUCUCCAUAGUUACUGGGAACGAGACCUGGAAAAAACUGCUGUAAAGUUUAUCUCUUGCUUAUGACUCAUCAGUUGACAAUUUGCUAUUGGAAAACUGCAAAGCAUUUGUGGUGACCAGCAUUUCUUAUUGAUAUUAUCAAGUGAUGUCAGAAUAUCCACCAAAGAAGAAGUUACGUCAGGUUUCAUUAGUGGAUAUGUUCAUGCCAUCAACAAGUGAAGAAGUCGGUAAUAAACACGACAAUAACCAGACCACUAUUGACAUUGAAUCUGAUAGCUCCCAGAACAUCCAGUCCAGCAUAGAGUGUUUGAGACUCAAUUCAUUCUCAUCAGAUAUUGGUGCAUCAGAUGAUAAAGAACUGAUGGAAACAAAUGAUGAAACACAAAAAGGAGGUCUGGAAUAUGAGACUCACACAAGUGGAAAUUGUAUUCGUGAACAUGAUAAGCCAAUUCACGGUAGCAGUGAAAGAGAACGUGGGGUCUCUGAGCAUUUCAGUUUGGAAAAGAAAAGGCAUUCAGAUGUAAGUCCUAAGAAAAAGAAGAUGGAAUUUGCUGGUGAACAGAAUGAUUACCAAGAAGCUUCCAAGAGAAAUGCUGACCAGAGAAAUGCAGCAAGUACAAGUCCCAGAGCAAAAACUCCAUCAAAGGGACCAGUCCCCAAGAAAUUAUCUAAGAUAGCAACACCCAAGAAGUCUCCAAGGAGGUCUCCCACAAAGGAAAAGGAAGGUCGGGUCUCGAAUGGAAGAUCUUCAGAGCGGCGUAACAUUCUGGCAGACGCAGCUGAGAGGAGGAUGCGGUUGGGAGUCACAACGCCAUCAGACAGGGUUGAACAAGAAGGUCGAAUAUCCCCAGAUAUAUUUGAUGACGACGAUGAUUUUAUCAAAGCAGCGGAAAAGACAGAGAUCACAUGGUGUGGUUCUCCAUUGUCAUCUUUAGAGGCUUUAAGUUCAACUAACUUGAACCUGCCUUCAGUGUAUCCAGCUCCUGACCACACAGUACUGGUGAAGCUCCCAAUCUCUCCAGGUGGUGGUGUUCCAGCCCCUCAUCCAUCCUCUUACACUGAUAUCUGGGACCAGUAUCAUGUCAGGAUGCCUUGUUCACCAAAGAGCCAAUACCCAUUAGGGAAGGGCAGUGACUCACUUGUCCCACGUUGGUCAGUAAUCUGCCAAGCACUCAGGAGAGGCAUUACAAGUGUGGAGGAGCUUCAGAGUGCAAUUUUGGAAUACAACAGUAGAUAUGCUACCAAGUGGAAGUUUAAGGGCCUUCAUCACUUGAUAGAACAGGAGUUUGAAGAAGAGGAACGUGAUUAUUUCUUCAGUAACACCUUACCAGCAAUGAUACGUCUAGCUCUGAAUUUACCCAAGCUUGUUACGCAGCCCCCACCACUCCUUGUUAGUCGAGCCGCACACUCCAUCACGCUCUCACAGAUGCAGAUUGCAUCUCUUCUAGCAAAUGCCUUCUUCUGUACAUUCCCACGAAGAAAUGCAAAGGGAAGUGAGACUGAAUAUGCAAAUUAUCCUGACAUUAAUUUUAACAGAUUAUUCUUCCAUAAAGAGAAGCGAGCAUUGGAGAAGAUGAAGUGUUUACUUAAUUAUUUCCGACGAGUGACAAGAAAAGAGGCAACUGGAAAUGUGACCUUCACCCGACAGUACAUCUGCUAUCAAGACUUACCAGCCUGGGAAUCCUCCUCUAACCACUUACCAAAGAUUCACAUUAACACCAAUGGCCUAAUAGAAGAUGCAAGUGGAUUACUUCAAGCUGACUUUGCAAACAAAUACCUGGGUGGAGGAGUCUUAGGUCUUGGGUGCGUGCAAGAAGAGAUCCGCUUUGUGCUCUCCCCAGAGCUGAUAGUUUCCCGAUUAUUCACACAAGCACUGGGAAAAUCAGAAGCCCUCAUUAUCACAGGAGUUGAGCAGUAUAAUGAUAGCACUGGCUAUGCCUCAACCUUUAGCUGGAAGGGGUCACAUGAAGAUACUACCCCUGUUGAUGCCUGGGGCCGACGUUUAUGUCAGGUCACUGCUAUUGAUGCUCUUCAUUUUACCAGACAACCUCAAGUGCAAUACAGGCCAACUUUUGUCCGAAGAGAGCUGAAUAAGGCAUAUGCUGGUUUUAAAGUUCUGAACAAUAGCCCAGGAGUUCAAAUAGCUGUUGCUACAGGGAAUUGGGGAUGUGGGGCUUUCAAAGGGGAUCCACGACUCAAGUCCUUGAUUCAGUUAGCGGUGUGUGGUUACAUUGGACGUGAUGUGGCUUACUUUACAUUUGGAGACCAGAAACUUUGUAAUGACCUUGCAGCCAUGCAUAUUUUUUUGAAGGAAAACAAUGUUUCAGUAGGUGAAUUGGUUCAAUUGCUGAUCCACCAUGGAUCUCGGGAGUGGGCAGAUGGUUCUGAUUUGUUCCAGUACAUUUACCACAACCUUGGGGCUUAUGAGUCAGAGACUGAUAAUGAGGAUUCUGCUGUACCUGCCCCACCCCAGAAUACAAAUACAAGAAAAGAGAUGCCAGCUGUUAAAAGGAAUAUCACAGACUACUUCAAGAAGUUGGGCAAAACCUACCCAACACCUGCUGCAGCUACAGCCGUGACACAUGGCGCCACACACCGUCAUGCCUCUACUAGUAAACAAGUUUUAUCAAGUGGAACUGGAGUAGUUGGAAAAGAUUCUCUCUCUGAGGAAAAGAUUUUGGAGGUCUUGACAGAAUGUGAUCGUCUUGUAGGAGGCCAGAAGGUGAAAACUCAAGAGGCUUGUGAUUCAGGACCAUCUCUGUGGACACAAAAUAAAUACUUAUUGGAUCAGUCCAAGGAAACUUCUGAUACAACUAAGUUCAAAAGUAGUAAAAGAGACAGUGAAGGUAAAGAUAGAGGUAAAACUGAAGAGAGAAAGAACACUGUAUCAAAAAGUACGAGUGAACCAAAUAGACUGCUUUCAUUUUUGGAUGACAUAGACAAAGGUAUGGCAUCAUAGUGUAGAUAUUGCUACAGGAUAAUAUCACAGGUGUUGUGUCUACUACCAGGGGUGUAUAUUAUACAUAGCACUGAUGUAAAUACUGUAUGAAAAUUAAUUUAUUUUCUUGAAAUUUAUUAAUUUUUGGAUAGACUAUUGGAAAUCUACAGUAAGGAACUGUACAUUAGCACCGUUAGUAUCAACUUUAUGAACAUGGCUUAGACCAGAAAUAAUUUUCAGAUUAUUGACAUUUGUGUUUUUCAAGAUGUAAUAUACUGCAUAUCUAGAAGUAAAAGUCAAUGUUUGUAAAAUAGUAAAAAAAACUAAAUAUAGUAUUAUCAAAGGGACAGUGGUGUGUCUGACAAUACCUUUUCAUUUUUUUUUUUUUUGGUACAAUAUUCGUAGAUGAAUUUAAGAGUCAUAUGAUUUUAUUUUGGCCUUAAAUUUUUGUUCUCGGAAUGAAAACAGAAGAUGCAAAAAUAAUCAAGAAUGUUUUAAAAAAUAUUUAAUGCUCCAGGCCCAAAUUAAAUUUCCUUGCUUGUUCUCAAAGAGUUCUCUACUGAACUUUGUCCUGUUCAGUCUACAGUACACUCCUCAAACUAUCUCUUUGUACUUCAUCCUUCCCCUCUUCAUCCAACCUCAAAGAAAAGAGAUAGUCCUACACUUCAAAUUACUACCCAAUAUCAUUUUAGAAGCCGUAAUCAAUGCUCAUCAGACAACUUGAAAAUGAAAAUGUACUCAGUGGUCAACAUUUUGGCUUUUGUGCUGGGUGCUCUACUGCUGAUCUGUUAUUCUGCAUACAUACAGUCCACAAAUCAACAGAAUGCAGUGGUGAAAAGCCCAUUCAGUAGCUAUUGCCAAAAGUAUCCAACUUGCAAAAUUGCCCUGCUGCUAUCUUUCCUCCUUUGACCAUAAUUAUAUAGUACCACCUCGAUACACCAGACUAAUUAGGGCAAACCCCAGUUCAUAAAAGUGAAAGUCCGAUGAAACCGAAUCUAUGGAGGGGGGCUGGACUUAACUCUGCUUUCUCUGAAUAUUUCAAGAAAAUCAGAUAUAAGUCUGGUUGUCGACAACUGUUUUCACUGAUAUUUCUGUUUCGUACUGUAAAGUACUGGUCACCACAGAAUUUGCAGAAAAGCCAUUUAAAUUUGUGAGUGCAUUAUGAAUAAAGAAAAACUGGGAGGUGCAUGUAGAUAUCUGGGAGCAACAGGCACCGGUGGGUGGGUGGCUGAUCAUUCUCUCAUUCUGUUAUUGACUAUAACAUGUCUUCGGCACUUAGUAAAUAAUAUUAAAGUGUUUUAUGCAUCUGCAUAUUCCCUCGUUUAUUCAUUAAUCACUUGUCUAAGUGCACAAGUAGCCAAAUCAAGCCAUCAUGUAUCACUUUAAAGUAAUAAAUAAUACUCUUGAAGGUAUCUCCAUAUGAAAUACUAUACAGGACAGAGUAUGUUAUAAUGAUCCUGUUGAAAGCUCUCAUGAAUGCAUCCUCAGUGAAUACCUUCUGAUACAGCUUGUACUUUUUGAUUUUCAAGUCAAAUUACAAAUUAUAUUUAUAUACUGGAUUGUAUUUUUCUAUAAGAGGCUGAUUAUACAUUACAUGAAUAUAAUAUUGAAUCGAUAAACCUGGCAAAUGUGGCAAUGCUCCAGCCUCUUUACAUAGUGUCAUUGCUCUUGUACUUAUUAACUAUUAUUAGGCCUACAGCUUAUCUGAUUAGACCACUGUACAGAAUUCAGUUGAAAAAUGUUGUUCUUUUCAUAGGAAUUUUUUUUUUUUUACUAAUUUCUUGAAAUGAGUUUUUACAUAAUUUUGCCUAUUUUGUAAAAUCCUCAAGUAUCCCCGUUAAAAACAAUACUGUACAUAUUCAAGAUAAAAAGUUCACAUAAAUGAAUGUAGGUAGUGAGGUGAGGCACAAUGAUGCCUUACAUAUGAAGGCAAAAUUCAGACAUGUGCCAUGCGACACCCACGCACAGACAUUCGACUGCAUCUAUGAACACAAACUGUCCUGACUGAUGUUGGAUUUUCCGGACAUAUACUUCUGGUGAAUAGAGGGGCAGUCCAGAGCACCUCAGAGUGAAAAAGCGAAUUCCGGUGUUCUGAAGUCCACUGUACUGUAAUUUCUUUUUUUUCUAUCUGGUUGUAGUGUUCAUAGUUUUGGAUGGUCUUUUAUCUAUCACUCUAUCAAUGUCAAGAGUUCCGCGGGAUUCCAUACUGGUACUAAUUCUUAUUACGCAGUACGAAAUGAUCUUUCACUGACAGCUAACUUUCUUCACAUCUAUGCAGAAGACUCAACCCUCCAUAGAUCCUUUACUUUGCCCCAGUCAUGAGAUGAAAUAUUGAAUGCUAGACAACAUACACAUCUCUACAGGAACAUCUUGCUCACAUAGCUGAAUGAGGUGCAUACAACUUUGUUUUCUGGAAUGUAACUAAAGGAAAAUACAUAAGGGCAUGAUAUUUCACAAUUCAGCAUAAAUUUUAACAUUAUAAUUCCAUUAUCACACAGCAUUGAUAUUUUUAGCAUCACCUUUACUUUAAAUUUUUGCCAGAACUUAAGCCAAAACUGCUUCAAUAAGUAAGGCUUAGACUCGUGUUCAGAACCACUCCCUACUUUACUGUGACACAAUUAUGUAAGUCAUGUGCACACUCAGAUGGAAUACUGUACUGUUCUCAUCUGUAUGCUGUGUGUGGUGUUGGGAACUUUGCUUCCUUGAUUUGGUGAAAAAAAAGGCAUCAAAACAAUUCAGUAAUAACCACCUCACCAGAAAAGCUCCAUUAAUGCACAUUCACAGGAAUGCCUUAUUGCUUCCCUAUUUUAUAAAUUUUUCCACAGUCAGUGUUCUAAUUAUCUACACUAAUUAUUGCCACCUUCAGUUAUUCUGCAGAACCUCUCCUGUGAAAACUCGCUUGUACCUGUACCCUAGAUUAGUACUUUGGGAACUCCAUUCCUGGAUAUUUUCUUGUUAUAUAACCUCAAUCAGCUCAAAUUAUCCUGCUUUAAAUACCUUUAGUCUUUGGCAAGGGGAUGCUCCAGUGAACAGAUUUAACAAAGACACUUGUUUGUUCUCUCAGCAUUUUUUAUUUUAUUUCUGUUUUGAAUUUAUUACAUGUUCUAUCAAUCAUCACAUGAGUUUUUCAGCUCGGAAUUGUUUGUUAAGAUGUGUGUGGGUAAUGAGGUUUAGUGUUCAGUGAACCUUGUGCAUUCUGUUUCAUUAAAUACUAGAGUCACACUAA